AUGAUUACAGGAUCAGCUGCUCACAAAAAAUUGGAAGAGAUGUUAACAAGGCCACGGCUCAUUUCUGCAAUCCGCAAGUUAUCGAAAUAUCAUCAGACAUCUGGUUUGGAGGCCAAACAUGCUUUAGACAACUUACUGGCCUCAAAGAACACUUAUCAUUCCUAUCAUUCAUUGAGUGCAAGAUUGUACUGUUCAAACUUGCACUACAAUGAAAACAGCAACAGAAAGCAGGCAACAACUGCUGAUGGAAAGCUGAGAUGGGCCAUAUCUUAUCCAAAGGCUUUUAAAGGAGAGAAAGCUGUGGCAAAACCUUUAAAAGAAAAACCGACCUAUGAGUAUGUACAUUUGAUAUUAAGUCAAGUUAUAAAACUCCGAAAGCAGUACCCUACAUUGAAGAAGGCCAAAGAACAUGCAAGCAAUGUACUACCUCCAGAGCCACAAUCACUUGUUCAACAGUACUUGGCAGGAAAGGAGAGACCCUCAAAAGAACAAGUCGUAGCUAACAAGAAGUCACGAUUCAGUAAGCCAGCUUUACCUACAAGUGUAAAAAGAAAAGCUGGUGUCAACCCUUGUGCAUGUAAAGGUAAAUGCGCAACACGAAAAUGUGACUGCAGGGCAGUGGGAACAAUCUGUGAUAAGGAAUGCAAGUGCCAAGAGGCCAAAUGUAUCAAUCGUGAAUGA